AUGUCUGGCGUUAAAGCUCGGCUUUCGAGUCUCCUAGCACAUAUCACCCCGGGACAAACCUCGGCUUCGUUUGAACAUAACUUCAAUCGCCAUACGCUUUCACCGACUUUCUUUCUCCCUCGAGCAGCGUCUAUUGAGCCAGAUGCGGAAGCAAUCUACCAUGUGACGACUGACAACCAAAUCCUCCGUCGAACUUACCAAGAAACCGCCGCCCAUGUCUGUGGAUUGGCGUAUUAUCUCAAGAAAAAGGGGUUUCGUCGUGUCGGCAUUCUAGCACCAAACACCCCGGCAUUCCUGGAAUCGAUAUUUGCAAUUGCCGCAGCGGGAGCCGUCAAUGUUGCGGUAAACUAUCGCCUAAAACAAGAUGAUAUAGCUUAUAUUUUCGAACAUGGCGAUGUGGACAUGAUCAUCGUGGAUAAGGAAUUCGAACCGCUUCUCGAUACUUACCGGUCGAAACACCCUACGAUCCCAUUUUUGGUCGAUUAUGAUCAAUUCAGUGAGGCCUCGUCACCGAGUGGACCUUUUGGUGCUGCUAUCCAGGAAGGUUGGAACUAUGACAAAGAAACCAGUCAAGAUGGAUGGGAGGGUCUGGAAAGUCAAGCCGCGGAUGAAGAUUCCAUUAUCGCACUUGCAUAUACCAGUGGAACGACGGCUCGCCCUAAAGGAGUUGAAUAUACUCAUCGGGGCUGCUACUUAGCAGCAUUGGGGAAUGUGGUUGAAUCGGGCCUCAGUUUCCAUAACGGGCGGGCUAAGUAUCUGUGGACUUUGCCUAUGUUCCAUGCCAUGGGAUGGACCUUUCCAUGGUCUGUUACGGCUGUCCGAGGAACUCAUUACUGCCUUCGAAAGAUUGACUACCCAGAGAUCUGGCGAUUACUCAAGGAAGAACAAAUCACCCAUUUCAACGCAGCACCAACAGUCAACACUCUGCUCUGUAAUUCUCCAGAAGCUGAGAAACUAUCUCAUUCCGUGCGUGUUACAGUAGCCGCUAGUCCACCCACACCGCAUCUAUUCGAGCAAAUGACGAAUCUGAAUCUUCACCCGGUUCACGUAUACGGCAUGACCGAGACUUAUGGACCGAUCACCAAGGGUUACCAUCUACCACAAUGGAACCAAAUUCCUCUGAAAGAGAGGUAUCAGAAGAUGGCGCGACAAGGUCACGGGUUCAUCACUAGUCUCCCUGUCCGCGUUAUCAGAACCGAGGUGCCGGAAGGAACGAUCAUCGAUGUCCAGAAGAACGGGAAAGAGAUUGGCGAAAUCGUGUUUGUUGGUAAUAUCUGUGCUCGUGGAUACUACAAGGACCCUGGUGCCACGGCGAAGCUGUUUGCUGGAGGUGUAUUGCAUUCUGGGGAUUUGGCUGUCUGGCACCCAGACGGGGCGAUUCAAAUUCUGGAUCGCGCCAAGGACAUAAUCAUCAGUGGUGGUGAAAAUAUUUCCUCUGUGGCCCUGGAAUCUAUGCUCGUCACUCAUCCUGAUAUCCUCGAGGCUGGCGUCGUCUCUGUUCCUGACAGUCACUGGGGUGAACGGCCUAAAGCAUUUAUUACCGUAAAGCCUGGAAACAAACUAGAAGGUCAAAAUGUGAUUGACUGGGCGAGAAAUGCCAGUGACAUUAGUAAAUUUAUGAUUCCUCGUGAAGUCGAGGUGGUGGCUGAGCUGCCGAAGACGAGUACCGGCAAGGUUCGUAAGAACGUGCUACGAGAGUGGGCGAAAGGAUCUGAUCGAGGGAAUAACUAA